AUGUACCAAGUCGGAGAUACUAACCGAGAGAGUUCGUCCAGUCAUUUGCGGCACCCGGAAAUUGAGCUUUGGUCUCCGCUUCCCCACAACGUCCGUCUCCGCAACCACGCGAUUCUUAUUUUCCCCUUCCAAGGUUUCCCCGCAGUAUCAUGGUCUGACAUAAAAUUCAGAAGCCUUAAUUCGAUAUGUCGCACCGACGUCAAACGCGAGUUUUACGAGCCUGUGAUUCAUGUACGCAUUCAAAACAGCGUUGCGAUGGUCAGCGACCAUGAGCGCGUUGAAUCCUGCCACUACACCAAGGAACUCCGGAAACGUGGGCGUCCACCUCGGUCGGAUUCGAUCCGUUCUUUGCGCACUGAAACACGUAACUCACUUGAGCAUGAUCCACAUGAUGACAUGAACCGAAGCCCCCUGGAGACGGUAACUUCAAGUAGCGCAUCACUUCCCGACACUUCAGUCUGCAUGGCUCCUCCCGAUCGACGAAAAUACACAAUUGAAGAGUCUACAAGUAUCAUAGCUGAAGUUCUCAAGAGCCCUACAGGUGUCAAUGUUACCAGCUCGUCAUUCUCACCACAGCGGGAGAUUCUCCAUGAAUUAUUUCAGGGAUCGUCAAGCAGCACUGCGCUGGACUCGGAUGGAAACGAGAUCUCACCCAGUCAACCCAAAUAUGACGAAGUCCCUGGCAUUCCUAAUGAUUUUCCAACGAAAAGAUCCUACUCUUGUUUAGAUGCAGUAUUGCCAUCUUUGCAGGGGGUGCUUUCUGCAGAGGAAGCAUCAGAGAUGCUAGAGAUCUACUUUAGUGAAAGCUCUAGCCCGGUUUACAAAUCAACAUCGCCAUACAUGCUGGCGCAUAUACUUCAUCCAUCAACUGUCCUAAAAGAGCAUGAUGCACGUCCGAUGUCCCCUGCUCUUCUUGUGGUGAUCCUUUUUUGUGUCUCACAAACGGCAGAUAUGAAUAUAUUCGACACACCGGGUGCUCGAGAGCGUACAAGCAUAGAUCUCUAUCGCCUUUCAUUGGAUUUGCUUCAAUCGGAAGAUCAAGACAAUUAUUUUCGCACUUCCGAUGGAUGGCAAUUUCAUUCCCAUUCCACUAAUAGUAGCUCACUCACCAAUAUAAAUUCGACUCCGAAUCGCCAGGUGCCCGGGAAGGCAUUACUGCCAAAACAACUAGGAUCGACAGAUAUCAUCCUGGCUGUCACUAUAUUGACAUUGACAAUCUCAGGAGGUCACUACAAGGCAGAUUCAUUGAAAUGGAAAGACAAGCUUUUCAGGCUUGUUCGUGCAAGUGGCCUGAGUAUGGAGGAUCAGGAUAUUGACCUUGGUCCUGUGUUUUGCGGGCUCUACAACGGAGAUGCCACAUUCAGGCGAUGGCUUAUCUCAAAAGAAGAACGCCGACGGCUUUUCUGGUUGAUCUACUCUUUAGAUCGACACUUGGCAUUAUCCUUCAAUACGCGACUGAGCCUUCCCGAAGGUACUUUUUGUGUCAGAACGCCAUUGCCAGAGAAAGUGUGGCAAUCUCUUGACACCGCUGAUUUGAGCUAUAUUCCAACAUGUCCGCUCGGUCCACCGGUUCAUAUCUCAGGUUGCGGAUUCUUCGAGUACUUUUUACCGUUGGCAACGGUCCUAGGGCAUAUCAUCGACUUGCAUCAUUAUCGCAGCCACCCGACCAUGGGAAGCCAUAUCCCACCGGGGGCUUUUCACCAUAUCGAAUCCAUGAUAUCUUCUCAAGAGCAAGACUUGAGUGUACUUGAGAACCAAACCAAUGAGUCAUUUACUGAAACUUCUCCCCAUGUUACCAAUCCAAUGAGAACCAAAUUACAGUUGGUCCGGAUCUACAGCACCUAUCUCUUACAUGUAUUCCAUAUUCUGCUCCACGGCAAAUGGGAUCCAAUCUCAAUGAUUGAAGACAAAGAUGACUGGAUCACCUCCGAAAGUUUUUUGACGUGUGCCUCUCAUGCAUUAAGUGCAACCGGUGUGGUCUCGCAGAUCUUGACUCUGGAUCCGGAAUUACUCUUCAUGCCUUAUCUGUUCGGCAUAUAUCUCCUCCAGGGAAGCUUCAUAUUACUUCUCUUCGUUGAUCGUAUGCCGGAGCUUGGUCCCAAUCGAUCGGUUGAGGAAGUCUGUGAAACCAUUAUUCGCGCCCAUGAAGUGAGCGUAGUUACCUUGGACACAACAUUUCAGAAAAACUUCCGAAAGGUUUUUAGAUCAAUGCUGUACGACGCUCAGCAGGCUGGUCCUCAUUUGUGGGAUGAACACAAAGCUCGACGCAGAGAGCUACUGUCUUUGUACCGCUGGACACCACUAGCUCACGGGCUUGCGUACUAG